AUGUGUACCAACCCCGUGCAGCGAUUCACCUUUUUGGCGCUCGACAAUCACAUCCUGGCUGUGUGUUCUGAACUUCGGUUGAUUUAUUGGAGGGGUCGCUUGUCUAAGUAUAGAUUCUUAUAUCUGGUCCUGCCUGCAAGCAUGCUACUCGAAGCAUGCUGCUUUUUCUUCCCCAUUCUGGAUUAUGUGACCACGAUAAGCCCUUGCAAUAAUAUCCGCUUUCCAUGCGAUCUGGGUUAUUUAACUCAAUGA